AUGGAAAUAAAUCGAAUUUCGGAUUCUGAGAGCUUCUAUAGAGAUCUCCAGCAACCAGGCCUCAUAAUAGCAGGCUGUUUCGUCGUUGUGGCAUUCUCACUUUCUAUUUUCCUUAUUCUCCAACAUCUCAGAUCCUACACCAAUCCCGCGGAACAAAAAUGGAUUGUUGCUGUUGUUUUCAUGGUACCCGUUUAUGCCACUGAGUCAAUUAUAUCCUUGUGGAAUCCGAAGUUGUCUCUUGCGUGUGACAUUUUAAGAAACUGCUAUGAAGCAUUUGCCUUGUAUUCUUUUGGAAGCUAUUUGGUUGCUUGUUUAGGUGGAGAAAGUAGUGUGAUAGAACUACUUGAAAAUCAAUCGAAAAAACAGCUCAGCAAACCAUUGCUAGAAGAGGAAGGUGAGAAUCGCAUUGAACAACAUAAGUCACUUUGGAACCUCUUCUUCCGACCAUAUGUUAUUGGAAAAGAUUUGAUGACAAUAGAAAAAUUUGGUCUUGUGCAAUAUAUGAUUCUGAAGACAUUGUGUGCCUUCUUAGCAUUCUUGUUGGAGAUUUUUGGCGUUUAUGGUGAUGGAGAGUUCAAGUGGUAUUAUGGGUAUCCUUACAUGGCAGUAGUACUAAACUUCAGCCAGAUGUGGGCACUGUAUUGCCUUGUGCAGUUUUACAAUGUAACUCACGAGAGACUUCAAUGUAUAAAGCCACUUGCAAAGUUCAUCAGCUUCAAGGCCAUUGUGUUUGCCACUUGGUGGCAAGGUCUAGGCAUCGCGCUGUUGCAUGAAUUCGGAGUUAUACCGAAAGAGGGGAAAUUACAGACUGCAUUACAAGAUUUCUUAAUUUGCAUAGAAAUGGCUAUAGCAGCUGUUGCUCAUGUGUUUGUCUUUUCGGCGGAACCUUAUCACUACAUCCCUGCCAGUGAGUAUGGAAAAGUCACCACUGAAAGGACCAAAGGAGAAGUGAAGUUAGAAGGUGACACCCCAGCUGUGCUUGAGAAACAAGAAACAAAGGUUGAAGCUCCCGGAACUAGUGUCACUGAAAGCGUUCAGGACAUUGUUCUUAAAGGAGGUCAACAUGUUGUCAAGGAUGUUGUGUUGACCAUAAACCAAGCAAUGGGUCCUGUGGAGAAGGGAGUGACAAAGAUUCAAGAAACCUUCCACCGCAAAUCAGUUAGCUCAGACAAAGAAGUAGACGAGUCAGAGUUGAGAGUCGAGCAAUAUGAAGAAAAUCUUACAUGUGAAACUCACAUUCCUUAGAACUGUAGGUUAUUUUGACAGUGAAGAUUAUACACGUGU